GGGAGAAGCACGCACAUGAUCGAUCCCCUUUCCCGGGAAUGACCUGGCACCGACCUAAACUGCAAAGUGUCACAGCUAGAGAGAACUGAAACUCACUCACUCCCAUACUAAAAGGCUUACAUUUUCAGAGAAGGAAGAGGGAGUUACGAUUAACUGAAAUCCAAACCAUGAAGCUACUCAACAAUGGAGAUCCUCUCAGAGCCCCUUCGCUUCUGACGAUCUCAACAUUUGUCGUUGUUUCAUUCGCGUUUUUCUAUGUCGGCAAGCACUGGUCCAAUGGCUACCAGCAGCUCAUCUUCUACACAUCGCGCCAAACGCCAAUGGCAUCCGGAGCUCCAACCAUCGGGAUCUCUCCAAACUUCAAUAUGACAUUUGAUGUUUCUUCUAUGAUCGCAAAGAAUCAAACCCUAGAUUCGACUCUGCCGUCUCCGGCUCCAACUCCUUCUCCGGCCCCUGCUCCGCCGGUUCCAAUUCCUUCUCCAGCGCCUGCUCCGCCGGCUCAUCUGGCGCCCGGCUCGAUAAAGACAUUCGGGAUCGUGGAUGAGAAUGGGACAAUGGCCGAGGAGUUCGAGGUCGGCGACUACGAUCCGGAGUUUGUGGAGAAUUGGGGAAAUGGGAGCGAUGCGGAGGUUGGUAGCAGCAGUGGCGGAAGUUUUAGGUUUGGGAUUAAGAAGUUUAAGAUGUGUCCAGAGACAAUGAGAGAGUAUAUACCAUGUUUAGACAAUGAGGAGGCGAUUCGUAAUCUCAAGUCCACGAAGAAUGGGGAAAAAUUUGAGCGACAUUGUCCGGAGAGAAGUCGAGGUUUGAAUUGCUUGGUUCCAGCGCCCAAGGGAUACAGGACUCCGAUCCCUUGGCCAAAAAGCCGGGAUGAGGUGUGGUUUAGCAAUGUUCCACAUACAAAGCUAGUGGAAGAUAAAGGAGGUCAGAAUUGGAUUUCAGUAGAUAAGAAUAAGUUCAAGUUUCCAGGAGGUGGCACACAGUUCAUACAUGGAGCAGAUCAAUACUUAGAUCAGAUUUCAAAGAUGGUGCCUGACAUUGCGUUUGGCAGGCAUACUCAAGUUGUUUUGGAUGUUGGAUGUGGUGUGGCCAGUUUUGGUGCCUAUUUGUUAUCACGGAAUGUCAUCACUCUGUCCAUAGCUCCCAAAGAUGUUCAUGAGAACCAGAUUCAGUUUGCUCUUGAGCGUGGUGUGCCUGCAAUGGUGGCAGCUUUUGUGACUCGUCGUUUGUUGUAUCCCAGUCAGGCUUUUGACUUGAUACAUUGUUCAAGAUGCCGAAUCGACUGGACCCGUGAUGAUGGAAUCUUGCUGCUUGAGGUAAAUAGAAUGCUUCGGGCAGGAGGAUACUUUGCUUGGGCAGCACAGCCAGUUUAUAAGCAUGAAGAAAACCUAGAAGAACAGUGGAAAGAGAUGGUCAACCUUACCACUCGUCUUUGCUGGGAGCUUGUGAAAAAGGAGGGUUAUAUUGCAAUAUGGCAGAAGCCCUUCAACAACAGCUGCUAUUUGAACCGCAAGGCAGCAACCAAACCUCCAUUAUGUGAUCCAGAUGAUGAUCCAGAUGAUGUUUGGUAUGUUGAUCUGAAAGCAUGUAUCACUCGACUACCUGAGGAUGGAUAUGGAGCAAAUCUUCCUACAUGGCCUGGACGUUUGCAAAAUUAUCCUGACCGGCUCCAAAGUAUACACAUGGAUGCCUAUAUAUCUAGAAAAGAGCUCUUCAAGGCAGAAUAUAAAUACUGGAAAGAGAUAAUAGACGGAUAUUAUCGUGUCUUAAAAUGGAAGAACUUUAAAUUGAGAAACGUGCUGGAUAUGAGAGCUGGAUUUGGCGGAUUUGCUGCUGCAUUGACGGAAAGAAAAGUUGAUUGCUGGGUUCUUAAUGUUGUUCCUGUGAGCGGGCCCAAUACCUUGCCUGUCAUAUAUGAUCGUGGACUCAUAGGAGUUAUGCAUGAUUGGUGUGAGUCCUUUGACACGUAUCCCAGAACCUAUGAUUUCUUGCAUGCAGCUGGUCUCUUUUCUAUUGAGCGAAAGAGAUGCAACAUGUCCAGCAUCAUGCUUGAGAUGGAUAGGAUACUGAGACCCGGCGGACAUGCAUACAUCCGUGACUCUAUCAUUGUCAUGGAUGAACUUCAAGAGAUCGCGAAAGCCAUGGGUUGGAAGGUAUCGGUGCGACCCACGUCUGAAGGCCCUCAUGCAAGUUACAGGAUCUUGACAUGUGAAAAACGCAUGUUGCACUGAAGUUGAAGCAAUGGAUUUGGAAACCAAAUUGGAUUUUAAUUUUACCUUUCCCUUUGAAAAGGUAAGAUCAAGAAGAUGACCUAACUUCUCUCUGAUUCCUUCAUCAAAAUGGAGGGUGGAUGGCUGUUAAAUCUUAUCACUUUGCAGGAGAGGGGGGGAGAAGGGCAGAAUUCUUUGAAUUGUCUGGUGUGAUUUGGCAGCUAAUUCACAUACGGUGCCAUGCUCUCAGUUCAUAGAUGUCAUACAGAAUUCUGGGCGAGUGGGGGAGUCCAGUACUGGCAAGGAAUUGAUCUCACUUAAAUUUCACAGCUCUUAGGUAACUAAUCUUUGAAAGAUCAUACAUGAUAAUAUGAAGAAGUUUCUUCAACUUAUUGAUGCAGUUGUAGUUGUGAUUUAUGCAGUUUUGAUCAGGAAAUAUAUGCAAUCUUCAGUUUUAAUAUAAAUCGUGGACAACCCAUUCAAGUU